AUGCAAAUAGGAAACGGGCUUAUCAACACUCUCCAACAUGAGAUGAAUGAAAUAAUGGAAAAUUUAAAUCGAAUCAAUGGAAAUUCAACCAAACAAUGUCUCAAAUGUUCAUGUUUUGGAAAAAACAGCAAAAAACUGAAGAAAAAACGUCACAUUCCACCAGAAGUGGCCAAAUUAGUUCAACCUCUCAUCUACAACAUUCAACAAGAAAAACAGUACUAUGAAGGAUACUUUCGAUUGACCGCAUUGAAGGCUGAAACGAAACAAAAGAAAGAUAAUCAGAAAUAUCUACAUAAAAUUCAACAAAUUAUUAAACUAAAUAAAGAUGAAACAAAUGCCAAUCAACGUAAACUCCAAAUCAUUCGAAAUCAUCUGAUUCAACACCAAAGUAUCGAAAAUCCAUUUCAAAAAUAUGAAGGAGAAAAUCUCGUACAAGAAGUCAAUCUAGCAACAAAUUUUUAUCAAAUUAAUACACACCUGGAUCAUUUAUAUGAUAUGACAUCGAUGAUGAGUAAAGAAGUUGAUAAACAUAAUCAAAUGAUAUCUAAAAUUGAAAAACAAGCGAUUGAAGGUGCCGAAUUGGUCACUCAAGCAAAUCAAAUGGGAAAAGAAAUUCUAGGAAUUAAACAUUAUCAAAAUAUACGAGAUGAUAUAAACUCUGAGAUACAGCACAAACAAACAGAAAUGUUCACAAAAACUGCACAACAACCGUUCAAUUAUAUGUUAGAUUAUUGA